CAUAUAAAAGUUUAGCGAUAAAGAGAAGUGAAGUAAAGCCGAAAUCUAAUUCGACAUGUUCAACGGAAGCGUUCAUUGGGAAGCGAGAGUUUUAUCAGAGGGAUCAUCACAAUUACUGGGAUGGAAUGUCCCUGCUGAGGAAUUGAUUCAUAUACCAGAACAUUGGCUAAUAUAUCCCGAACCUAAUCCCUCUCUCCAUUAUUUAUUGGGCAUUCUAUACAUACUCUUCACUUUUAUAGCGUUACUUGGAAAUGGAUUGGUUAUCUGGAUAUUUUGCGCAGCCAAGUCAUUGAGAACACCUUCGAAUUUAUUUGUGGUGAAUUUGGCAUUUUGUGAUUUCUUCAUGAUGCUCAAGGCGCCUAUAUUUAUAUAUAAUUCCUUUAGUACCGGAUUUGCUACUGGCCAUUUAGGAUGUCAGAUUUUUGCUUCUAUUGGAUCACUUAGUGGAAUUGGGGCUGGUAUGACAAAUGCUGCCAUUGCAUUUGAUAGAUACAGUACUAUAGCCCGUCCACUUGAAGGAAAGCUAUCUCGUGGUCAAGUGAUGCUCUUUAUCGUACUUAUCUGGACAUAUACGAUUCCUUGGACUUUGAUGCCUCUAAUGCACGUCUGGGGACGAUUUGUGCCUGAAGGUUUUUUAACGAGCUGCUCAUUUGACUAUUUAACGGAGACACCAGAAAUACAAUACUUCGUAGCCACAAUAUUCACCUUUUCUUAUUGCAUACCAAUGGUUAUCAUCAUAUAUUAUUAUAGUCAAAUUGUCAGCCAUGUUGUUAAUCAUGAGAAAGCUCUUCGUGAACAAGCAAAGAAGAUGAAUGUUGAAAGUUUGAGAAGCAAUACCAAUACAAAUGCUCAAACUGCGGAAAUACGUAUAGCUAAGGCGGCAAUAACAAUUUCUUUUCUCUUUGUUCUUUCGUGGACUCCAUAUGGCGUUCUCGCAAUGAUCGGUGCUUUUGGAAAUAAAGCAUUAUUAACUCCUGGUGUUACGAUGAUACCUGCAUGCACGUGCAAAUUUGUGGCUUGCUUGGAUCCAUAUGUAUAUGCCAUAAGUCAUCCAAGAUACAGAAAAUGGUGGCUGAAGCGCAUCGAAAGGUCCAGAAAGUUUACGGAGAUGAUGCUCUAAGUGAAGCAACGUGCCAUGAUUAGUUCCGUCGCUUCAAAGACGGUGAUUUCGAUGUUGACGACCGUCCGCGUGAAGGAAGGCCAGAAACAUUCAAAGUCGUUGAAUUGGAGGCAUUGCUCAAUGAGGAUUCAUGCCAAACGCAAGAACAGCUUGCUUCAGCAGGAGUUGCCCGCCAAGCCAUUUCCAAGUGAUUGCAUGCGUUGAGAAUUAUUCAAAAGCAAGGAACUUGGGUUUCUUAUGAUUUGAAGCUAAGGAACGUUGAGCGUCGUUUUUUUUCCUGUGAACAACUGCUUCAGCGGCAAAAAAGAAAGAGUUUUCUUCAUCACAUCGUGACGGGUGAUAAAAAAUGGAUUCAUUACAGCAACCCAAAGAAAAGAAAGUCAUGGGGACUGCCCGGUCAUGCUUCUACGUCAUCGGUCGAAUAUCCAUGCUGCAAAGGUUAUGCUGUGUAUUUGGUAGGACCAGGUCGGUGUUAUUUAUUAUGAGCUGUUGAAAUUGACUAUCACUGGGGAACGGUAUCGAUUUUAAUUGAUACAACUGAGCCGAGCACUAUGCGAAAAAUGGCUACAAUACGAGCAGAGGCACGACAAAGUGAUUUUACUGCAUGAUAACGCUCGGUCUCAUGUUGCCAAACUUGUUAAAACCUACGUGGAAACGCUUAAAUGGAAAGUUCUACCCCACCCGCCAUAUUCCCCAUAUAUUGCGCCGUCCGAUUAUUACUUAUUCUGUUCGAUGGCACAUGGUCUAGCUGAUCAGUUCCGCUCAUAUGAAGACAUCAAAAAAUGGCUUGAUUCAUGGAUAGCCUCAAAAGACGAACACUUAUCGUAACGGCAUUCGAGCUCUGCCAGAAAGAUGGGCAAAAGUUGUAGCUAGCGAUGGGCAAUACUUUGAAUGAUUCAUUUGUAACCAUUUUUUAACAAUAAAGUUGCAUUUUCAGAAAAAAAUAGCUAGAACUUAGUUGCGCAUCUAAUAAGUGGUUAAUAAAAAAAACUUAAAAAUGAAUAAUAAAAGAAAUCACUAAUAAAACAAAUUAGAUUACACAAAAGCUUAAAUUCUAUUAGUUACAUUUAAUAUUAUUAUACUGUAUAAGAUUUGCGUAAAUGAGUGUGUGUGAUACAUGUGUAAUUGUACAAGAUACCAUUGUGAGAUUUCUGUUUUAUUGAGGUAGUGGUUGAUUAACAAAUUUGCAGAGAAAAAUGUAAGUACAAAAUUUUCAUUAGAUUCAGCUUAUUAUUAUAUUAAUUGUUUAAAAAAAUAUACAUGUUAAGGGGAAGAGAAGUGAAGAGGUCUGCUAUUUCAUUUAAAAUUUCCGGAGAGAUACGGUCGAGAAGUUCUUUUGCUUCUUGACGGUUAGGUGGGGAAAAAGAAAAUGUUGAAUGCGCGGAAGAAGGAGGAGGAUAAGGAACGAUUUUCUCGGUUUGAUCGGGAUAUGUAAAAAACGGUGAAAAAGGGGUUUCUAAUAAAUUUUUUUGGGGAGGGGGGGUGAAUCUGAGGAGUGAUAAAAAAAUCGGAGAGAGGUAAAGGGAGGAAGUUUGUUAAAGGAGAAAAUGAUUCGCGAAGGGAUGUGAGGGGUUCUGCGGUGGUGUCAAAGGAAAAGGAGGAAUACGGACGGAAUGAUACAGGAGAUUGGUCGGGGGUAGAAUCUGUAUGUGAUACUAAAGAGUAAGAAAGUGAAAAAAGAGGAGGAGAGAUUAGAUUCUUCGACUAAUUGUAGACGUUUAAUUGAUUGUUUGUGUGCUCGACUGUCAAUUUUGGCAGCGUUUCGUUGCCGGUCGCGAUUUAUUCUGGUGAUAUGGUGGGAGAAUUUGCUUGCCCAAUAAAAAUUGUUUAUUGUGUGGGUUAGAGAUAUAAAGAAUUAAAGGUUUCUCUCUUCCUUAAAUCAACGUUGAAUUAAAAUAAGAUAGCUCAAAACAGAGACUAUUUAAAUAAUUAUUUUA